UGCUUCGCGGCCGCCGGCGGUGGAGUGCAGACGAGCGGAAUUUUUCCCGUGAACAUCUCCGGCUCAGUUCAGCUGCUGUUCAGACCUGGGUCGGUGAGAGUGUCGUGUCCAGCCGUUUUCCUACCGCUCGCCCGUCAGUCUGAGCGCCCCUAGCCCUCCCGCGAGGGCGCCCCGGGACGGAAGGAUCCACCAGCCUGUCGGCGCCCGCCGUUCUCGUGGUCGCCGUCGCCGUCGUCGUGGUGGUAGUCUCUGCCGUCGCCUGGGCCAUGGCCAAUUACAUCCACGUUCCGCCCGGCUCCCCGGAGGUGCCCAAGUUGGACGUCACGGUUCAGGAUCAGGAGGAGCAGCGUUGCCGGGAGGGGGCCCUCAGCCUCCUGCAACACCUGCGGCCGCAUUGGGACCCUGAAGAGGUGACCCUGCAGCUUUUCACAGAUGGAAUCACAAAUAAACUUAUUGGCUGUUAUGUGAGUAAUACAAUGGAGGAUGUAGUCCUGGUGCGAAUUUAUGGCAAUAAGACUGAGCUGUUAGUUGAUCGAGAUGAGGAAGUGAAGAGUUUCCGAGUGUUGCAGGCUCAUGGCUGUGCACCACAACUCUACUGUACCUUCAAUAAUGGACUGUGCUAUGAAUUUAUACAGGGAGAAGCAUUGGAUCCAAAGCAUGUCUGCAACCCUGCCAUUUUCAGACUCAUAGCACGUCAGCUUGCUAAAAUCCAUGCUAUCCAUGCACACAAUGGCUGGAUUCCCAAAUCCAAUCUAUGGCUAAAGAUGGGAAAAUAUUUCUCUCUCAUUCCUACAGGAUUUGCAGAUGAAGACCUUAAUAAAAGGUUUUUAAGUGAUAUCCCAAGCUCUCAGAUUCUUCAGGAAGAAAUGACUUGGAUGAAGGAGAUUCUUUCCAACCUGGGGUCACCUGUUGUGCUUUGCCAUAAUGACCUAUUGUGUAAGAAUAUAAUCUACAAUGAGAAACAAGGUGAUGUACAGUUCAUUGAUUAUGAAUAUUCUGGAUACAACUACCUGGCAUAUGAUAUCGGAAAUCAUUUCAAUGAAUUUGCAGGUGUGAGUGAUGUAGACUAUAGUCUCUAUCCAGACAGACAACUGCAGGGCCAGUGGCUGCGUUCUUACCUUGAAGCUUACAAAGAGUAUAAAGGCUUUGGGACUGAAGUCACUGAAAAGGAGGUUGAAAUACUCUUCAUUCAGGUCAAUCAGUUUGCAUUGGCUUCUCAUUUCUUUUGGGGAUUGUGGGCUUUGAUUCAAGCCAAAUACUCCACUAUUGACUUUGAUUUCCUUGGGUAUGCAAUUGUUCGUUUUAACCAAUACUUUAAAAUGAAGCCUGAAGUUACCGCAUUAAAAGUGCCUGAGUAAAGAAGAGAUUUGAUUAUUCUCAAGUAGCUGAACAAUGCUUGUGAAAUCUUUUCUUAAGAAAUUUUGAAAAGCCAAUAUUUGUUAAAAUUCUGUUGUUUAAUUUGGUUAUCUUGCUUUACAAAUUAUGCCUCUAAACCAAUCUAUUUUUUAAAUAGACUGAAUGAUGUCAAGAAGUACACCUACUGCUAUCAGUGUGUGGUGGAUUAGAAGUUUGUUAAAUCUGCAAAAAGGUAUAAAGAUGUCAGUUUAAUCCUUUCUUUGAUAAUUUAAUCUCUGUUUAUGUGAAUUAUUUAUUAUAAACUUAACAUAAUUCUGUGACUGCUUUCAUCUGUUGGUUGAGUGUAAGCAAUGAAAAUGUUCCAGAGAAACUUUUUUUUUAAGUUUUACUUUAAUAUUAAUUUUAGUAAACAUUCUAAGUGUUCAGUGUAACUUUUUUAUCUCGAUACACUGUAAGAAAUAUGAAUCAUUCAGUCUUGAAAUGCCAGAUACUGGUAUAGAUAACUUAGGGUGUUCAUAGAAAAAUUUCUGUGUAUGAGGGUAAACUGCAUUUACUGUCUAUGCUUAGUGGUACAUCUUUUUGAAUUGAAUAUUGGAUAGUGUUUUUUGGGGGGGGGUGGAAUCUAUCUUUAAAUUCUCCUUUCCUUACAUAGUCUGGCAGUAUAAAUAUUAACCAUAUAAUCCUGGAAUAGAUAUGAUUUUGUAUUACCAAAAUCUGCAUUAAGUAAUGUUUUCACAUACUAAAUAUGGUCAUUUAAGUUGCUAGUUUAUUUUUAAAACUUGGUUGUAUCAUACUGUUUUUUACCAAAAAUUUUGUUUUACUUAAUGAAAUAUUCUGUGUUUUUUGUCUGUUUAGCUAGUAGAACAAAUGCUAAUUUUUGAAACAAAGAUAGAGUGGUUAUCAUACUUGGGAACAAGAAAAUAUCAUUUAGAUAUUCUUUUUUACCUUUGCAUAUUCAUUCCUUACAAUUUCAUUUCAUGUUUUAGUGUUGCUCCAUGUCUUUAGAAUGACAUGAUUACAUGAUAUAUGCAGGUUCAGAGAACUAAAUUGAAGCAGUUAAGAGAAAGAAAUAAGGAACAUUUAGGACUUUGAUCUACUACACUUAGAAUCUGAUAUAACAAAUGUGAAUUAAGCAGAUAUACUUGUGGUAGGAGGGCAUCUUGUUUUAGUUUCUCUUGAUUUUGUUUGUGUAUUUUUUUAAUUUUGUUUGGGAAUGAGAGGGUGGUAAUUAUUAUAUGGAAGGAAGUUAGAUCUUUGCGAUAAGUAGGCUUCAAGUUUUGAAGACUGCCCCUGUGUGGGGAUGAGCAGUCAUGGUUAACUUAGAAAAUUAGUCUGACAAGCUUUGCACUUUGGUCACAUAAGUGCCCAUGUACAAAGUUGGCUUAAUGAAUCUGCAUAUUCAGAAUAUGCAACUACAAAUAUAUCCUCUAAGAAAUCUUCUGGGGAGUUUGAUGUAUUAUUCCAAAUGACUUAUAUUCUCAGAUAAGUGCUUUAAAAUACUUGGAUUAUCUCAAGAUGUUUAAAGCUAAUAAAGUAAGUAGAAACACUUAAGGCCAUUUUAAAUGGUAAAUUCUAGUUACAUAAAUAGAAUCUUAAAAUCUGCUUGUGUCUGUAACAGUGUUAGACUAAGAUUUGUUUUCUACCUCCCCAGUGUUAUAAAUGUUCACUUCUGUUUUUUUAAACCGUAUUAGUAAAGGAUCAAUAGAAUUUUACCUAAUUGACUAAAUGAAUGGAACCAAUUAAACAGUAGCUUUUUACAUAAUGUUAGAGUGAACUUGAAAAAUUGUUUUUGGUGGAAUUUUUAUUUGUGGUUGGAACAUUUUCUUAGGACAAUGAAUAAUAUGUAAUACCCUUGAUUUUUUGCUUUCUGACUUCUUAAAGUGAGAACUGUGUGUAUGAGAGAAGACAAGAUCAGUUUUCUACUUUAUUCCAUAUUCUUCAAACUAUUUUGAAUAGGGAUUCACUGAGCCUUUUCUGGUAGACUGUGCAUAGCUGCUAGCUGUGGUACUCUUUGAGAGAUUCAUAUUAGAAGUGAAUGUAAAGGGGAAUAAAGGCUCUCACUUUAGCCCUAGGAGUAUGCAGUGGGAGUUGGAAACAAAAUAAGAUAUUUAAGAUAUUUUCCCCACUCUAUGGCUAAUUUUUGGGAGUUGUGAUGCUCCCACUUCCUUUGUGAUGCUCCAAAACCUUCCCAGGUUUUUGGUAUCAUGCUGCAGCCUAAUAAUAGCGUUCAAAAUUGCUUCCCUUUUUAUUGACCAUUUAAGGGAACCUAAAGGAAAAACUUCCUCUAAAAUUUGUCCUGUGGCUUGCUGAGAUGUCUGUUGCCUUUUUAUGUUAAGCUAAGGAACUUGAAUGCCUUACCUAAUAACUCAGCUGGUAGUAAGUUCAUUUUGUAAAUAUGAAAAUGGUUGUUAGAGAAGUGGCAUUCAUGUGUACUCAUUGUUAGUCAAUAGACCAUAGUGGCCUGGAUGCUUUAACAAGCAAAAUUCCACAUUUUUUCCUUUUGUUCCUUACAUACUUGUAUGAUCUUACCUGACCAGUAAUAUUUGAUUUUUUUUCCCUCCUGACCCCAUGCUACCACUUGAUUUUCCAGAAAUCAAAGAGAUGUGGUAGUAAAUCAUACUGUUCACAUGGUCGUUUGAGAUCAACAUGAGCACAAAAACUCAACUAGGUCUGCCUGGAAUGUAUAUAAAACAGUGUAAAUAAACAUUUGUAAAUUAGUGUGAAUUGUAUCUUGCAUAUGAGAUUGUGUAUUGUUUUGCAUUCUCUUCCCUUUUGUAGUUUUAUUUUUUUUUAGGGGAGGGGGGGUAAGGAAAUGAUUCAGCUCUUUGGUUUUAGACUCAAAAUAGCCAAAAGUUCUGGCUGCACAGUGGGAUAGCAAGAGGAACUGGAAAUAGGGUUUAUCAGGUUUUGUCAAUGUCAUUACUUAUUUAUUUAGCCUCUCAGUGCCUAAUACGACUUUUCUUCAUUCUUCAGCUGGCCAUUAGUUUUUGUGAGGUUAGAUUGCUAUAAGCAGUAAAUUAAUACACGCUCCUUUCUUUGAGUCAUGAUUCUAAGCUAAAGCAAAUUAAAAAUAUAAUGUGAUGAUUGCAGACUGAAGUAUUACCCUUUCCUGUUUUCAAGGUUGUUAGCUUUUUUCUACCAAAAACCCCCAAACAAACCUUGACAUUUUAUGUAUCUGUGUGAAUCUAAAUCCCGUAUGUAUGAGAUCUUGAUAAAUAAUAGCUCUUAGCUCAACUUAAACAUAUCUCAGUUGGCUUCUAUAAGUAUAAAGUUGUUCAUUACGGGAUUGUAAAAGACAGAAAAGACCUAAGUAAUGAGUAAUCUUUUAAUGACAUAGUGCUAUUUUCAUUUUUGCUGGACUGAAAGUAUUUACUUCAACUUCAUAAAGGAAGUUAAAGGAAAAAAGUUCCCCCAAGCACUCUCAGUGAAAAGUUAAAAAGUUCCACUUUAAAUAUAUAGGUUUUUCUUUUUUAUAUUACACAAAGCUUUCUGUACCAUUUUUAAAUUCCUUCAUAGUACAUAUGAAAAUACUAUCAGUUUGAUAUUCUGCUUCAAAUUGCUUUUAAUAAGCAUUUUAUAUGCAUUCCAAAGUGAUACAGACUUAAACUUCUAAUAUUAAUCAGUCAUUCAGUUGAUAUAGACAGAGUUACCAGUGCUUUAUGCUAGGACGAGAGUUCUGUUAUUGGGAGCAAUUUGCACUAAUUUCCUCAAAAAGCAAAUGUGAGUAAUAUGCACAAAGGAAAUGAGUUAUAAGUAUGUGGUAAAACAGCCUUUUCCUUAUUUCAGAAUUGAUAUGCUCUGGUUUUGCUUCCUUAGUUCAUUUGAUUUUAGAAUGUCCUUUGAUUGGAAACUAACAUAUUAAGGUAAUCUGUUUUGCUUCUUCUUUUCCUUUUUUUUUUUUUUUUUUUUUAAAGACAUUAGUUAUUGAACCACCUUUUUUUCCCAGUUAUAUAUAUCACGUGUGUGAUUAUAGUGUUAUGUCUUGGGUUAGAGGUCUUUGGACAGAAAAGCAUAUCAGUUAUUUUAAAUGAUUUUUUCCCCUAUCUUUGAAGCUUAGUCUGUAAAUGUGUUCUUGUAAAACAAAAUGCUUGGGUUUGCAUUACUUGAAUACUUGAAAACCAAAAUUAAUAAGGUAUCUUACAUAAUGAAUUAGAUAUUUCCAAUUUUUACAUUAACAACUUUCAUUUUUGGAUAAUUUGAAAUGGACAGAGGAUUCAAUUAUUUGAAUGGAUAAAAAUGACAGUGUUUAUAGAAAAAUUCCCUUUUGUGUUUCAGUCAUCCCAAAUUCAACUUCUUAGGUUUCUGUCCUAAGAUCUGCUUUUUUUUUUUUUUUUCUCCUGUACUUAAUGCACUUACUAUGCUAUAGAUAAUAUCAGAUAGCAGGUUAAAAUAAAAUCUUUGUUCAUUAUGAAUCGUUCAGCUUUUCUGGAUAUGAAAAAUUGCUCUGUAAAGUACUCCUAAUCCCUAAAUAUAGGCAUAUUUUUGUUUACAUCUUACCCAUUAAUGGUAUAAAUACCAUUAAUUAUUGUAACAAAACACAAGAUGUUUAUAAAAAUUGAAAACAUUACAUAUUGUAUUUGAACUAGUUAGUGAAGGGUAAGAAAACGCUGCUGAUUUGAAUUGUUUUCAUUAAAUUUCAAAACUCUUAAUAAAGGAAUGUUCAGAGAUAGGUUGAGACCCAUUGAUCUCCAUGUAAACCAGCGUUCAUGACCUGGAGAAAACCCCAGAAACACAGUGGAGGAGGCAAGAAUAUUUACUUGCCAUGGUUGUGGUGUGCUGCUACUUUUUAGGUAGUGACACACUGAGAUCUUAUUGUCCAAUAAUCUGAAGAAGUUUCCUGUUAGUUAUGUGUACUAAAGUAACUCGGUAGAAUCUGCUAAGAGGAAAGUUAAACUGUACUGUAUUUAGGAACCUUUUUACAGCUGGGUGAAGUUUCCAUGAUAUGAAGUAUUUGAAUUUUAAAAUAUACUGCUAUCAUAAGAAAUAAGACAUGGCAUUAUUCCAUGUUCUUAAGUGAUAAUUUCCUUAUUGAGUUUCAGAAGAAAAAACAAAAUGAGUAAUUGUCACUGCGUUAGCUGUAUGUUGAAUUGGGCAGUUGUGGCAUAAACCUUAAAUUUGUGUUUAUCAAAUGUGAACCAUAGUAGUAUAAUGCUGCUUUGUAUAUACUGUAAGUGCUACAAAUAGUCUCAGCACUGAAAAUGUAUUGAUACCUCUCAGAUGAAUGCAAAUUUUGAUGUAGGUGUUUUGAUAUGCCUCAGAAAGUAUCUGAGUGUCUGAGAACUUGUCAAUUUGUUUGAUAAUGGAGAUACUUCCUGUUUUUGGUUGCAUAUUUUCAUGUUUAAAAUUUAAUUUUUACAUUUUUACUACUGUUAAUUUAAGCGUAAAAUUUAUUCUGUGGAUAAAAAUGGGGUUGCCAGUGAAGACAAUAAAAAAACAGCCUCAUUCAUGUAACUGCUUACGUAAAAAAUACAUUUUUGCUGUAUGUUCAUAAACUUUUAAUGAAGGUGUUUGUAUUUCUGUUUGAAUAUAAGUGAUGUUUAGGCUUUAUUUCUGCUUAAUAAGGCCUUUUACCAUUGAUUAAAUGAAGGAAUGUAUCUUUUUGAAGAGAUUUAUAUUCUGUAAAUAAAAAUUGGUUGUAACAAUAAAGUUGGGUUCUAACUGCAGUGUACCAUAAA